GUUUUGCUCUUGUUUUUUUGGCAUAUUUUAAAUAUUAUUGAAAUGACCUUUUGAUACCCAUAUUCUGCAAACUAAUUAUAUCUGUGGCCACAUUGCACGAGCACGUUGGAGCCAGCAUUUCAUGGCAAUGAUUUGCAAAGUGGCGCUGACUAACUUUUUAUUAGGUGAGGGAAAAAGGAAUGCGCGCGUGCCGCACAGCAGAGAAGCACAAAUUAGCGGUCAAUAAUUAAAUUGCGACAAAGUUUGCAUACACAAGUGCCACCCAGCACAACAUUAUUGAUGCCAGCAACCGCACCAUAUGGACUAAGCAAGACGAGCAGCCUGCCGGCGGCACAGCUUUGUUAUCCAGCACCGAAAACGACAACAAAUUUAUUGCCGAGUACCAGAACAAACGCAUAUGUAAGCUCAUCCAUGCCGCCGAAAAAAUGGUAUGGGCGCGCUGAGGGAUGCAACGCCUGACGAGUACGUAGACAUUGUUGACGAGUGGGCACAGUCUGGGGACUGCGUUGUAGUAGUUAUCUUGGUUAAUUCCAGCGCCGCCUCGAGGAGGUCAGAGUCGAUUGAGCGUGCGCUGGCGGCCGGAUUUGCAGAGACCGUGUUUCUGCGCGUGUCUGCCGAUGAGUGUGGAUUCGCUGAUGCCUCGGUGGUAUCGAUUGUGCUGGUUCGCCGUGGCGGUGAGCUGAAACAUAAUUUGGUCCGCGUCGUCGAUCAUCUCAGUGAUCCAAAUGGGUUUGUGUCGCAUGAUGUAACCCAGCUCUUGGACUCCAUCUUGUGCAAAUGGCAGAAGAGCAGUAUAUGACUGCUUGCAGCAGU